CACUGAUGUUCCUGCCACUCGCUACAGUCGGUAAUCCGUGAACCAUCCUAUUGAUGAUUCACCUCUUGGCCCCAGGUGGCAGGGCCUCCCGUCCCAGGACGUUAGUUGUACGUUAGUUGUAUGUUACUCUGAUCACUCUCUGACCACCACGGGACCUAGGCUGCAGGUGCACACUCAUCCGUUGGCACCGGUCACGAAUAAACUUCUUUGACAGCGGGAGUGCCGUGGAGAACGAGGUCUGGUAACGGUUGGAGUAGAAGUACAACGGGCAGCACUGAUGGUGAUGAUGAUGAUGCCGAUGCUGAUGAUGUUCGAUUUGUCAGAUCUCAGGGAAGACUCGAAGCUGGUUGCAUUCCAGUCUCGACAAAAGUCAAUAGUGCCGUCACAUCACAUUAAUCUGCAUUGGUCCAGAAAUCCUCCACCACCACCACCAUCUUACCCAGACAUGGGAACAAGGCGUCAGCUGCAUUGGGGAGUUCACUGCAGCUCUGCCAUGGUGGUGGUGACAGUGACUGGCCGCGUCAACACGACGUAUCCGACCUCUAGGAUGUGCGAUGGAGUUCCCCAGAGUUUGUGGAAGGGGUAGUACAAGGAAAACCCAAGUAACUCCAGCU